UGUCCUAAGGAGAAGAAACCAGGGAGAAAUCUGGUUAUCUGCAUUGACGGGACGUCAAACAAAUAUGGUGAUAAAAACACCAAUAUCGUCGAACUAUAUAGCAAGAUCGUCAAGGAUGACUCACAGUUGACCUAUUACAACAGUGGUGUAGGAACGUAUGCUAGGCCCGAAGGUCUCGCGCAUACACAACUGAUGGAUCAGAUCUCGAGUGUCUUUGAUCUGGCAUUUGCCCAUAAUAUCAGCCGAACCAUUAUGCAUGCCUACAGAUGGCUCUCAGACAAGUACCGUGAUGGCGAUAAGAUCUUCCUGUUUGGAUUUUCAAGAGGUGCAUACCAAGUUCGUGCUUUAGCAGGAAUGAUCCACGAAGUGGGGCUCAUAUUACCUGGAAACAAAGAACAGAUCCCCUAUGGCUUCCAGCUUUACUCCGCCAUUAACAGCGGGAAGCUCAAAGAUUGCGAUCUUGCGAAGGGAUUCAAAGCCACAUUCUCGAGAAAAAAUGUUGUAGUGCAUUUCAUUGGUGUAUGGCGAGUGGACACUGUUUCGUCUGUUGGUAUCAGGAAGGCCAAGAACUUACCGUCCACCGAUACAUGUGAUCACGUCUGCUACUUCCGCCAGGCACUGGCACUAGAUGAACGCAGGGUGAAAUUCCUACCUGAGUUUGUCUACGGUGGCAUGAGCGAACGAUCGAACUGGCUCGAGGACGGAUCGCCCCCACCUCUCGAGGGCAUAUCGUCCCCACCUUCCAAGGACGAAGAUCAUAUUCACAUUAAAGAGGUUUGGUUUGCGGGUAGUCAUUCCGAUACGGGCGAUCCGCUUAACUUCGGAGACAUGCCUCUACUAUGGAUGCGUGAAGAAGCUCUCGAGGCAGGGCUUUUGCUCCAUCCUCCAAAGGUAGCUUUCAGAUCUGUAGAUUUGAAGGAACCCAAGAUUACGGACUCUUUAACCCUCCCGUGGUGGCUGCUUGAGGUUUCGCCUAUCAGACGUCUUCGUUACAAUAACUCUAACCAGCAUACGACACGACCGCAUUUUGGAAGAGGUCGUGUCAUCUUACCCGGUCAAAAGGUCCAUGCAUCGGUCCUGUUUCAUACCAACUACCGGUCACAAGCAAUUUUCUGGAGAAAUCUCCAGCAAUGGCCUGAAGCGAUCUACUGGCAUAAUGCCUCGGAUAAGGAGCGGUUAUCACAACUUGGUCCUGCCUGGGAACUCCCUUUCAGACGUUCAACCAUUGAAGCUCUCGCCGGUUCAAUUCACAAGAAACACACACUUGAUUACGUUGAUCGAUUAGCCUUCAUGUGUUCAUCUGGUGAGAUUGCCAGAUGA